AUGCUGCUUUAUAGCAACAUCUCCCUGUCUGUUGAAGCCCCUGAGUUCCUCCUGAAUUGUUUUGUUAGGUCCCCCAUUUGGCAGCGCUGGCUGUCCCUGCCCCUCAGCAUCCUAUUCCUCCUGGCCAUGGGGGCCAACGCCACCCUCCUGAUCACCAUCUGGCUGGAGGCCUCUCUGCAUGAGCCCCUCUACUAUCUUCUCAGCCUCCUCUCUCUGCUGGAUAUUGUGCUCUGCCUCACUGUCAUCCCCAAGGUCCUGGCCAUCUUCUGGUUUGAUCUCAGGCCCAUAAGCCACUCUGCCUGCUUCCUCCAGAUGUUCAUCAUGAAUUGCUUCCUGGGCAUGGAGUCCUGCACCUUCCUGGUCAUGGCCUAUGACCGCUACGUGGCCAUCUGCAAGCCUCUGCGCUACCCAUCCAUCAUCACUGACCGGUUUGUGGCAAAGGCUGUCGUCUUCAUCCUGGCCCGGAACACAAUUCUCACUGCCCCUGUUCCUAUCCUCUCUGCCCGGCUCCAUUAUUGUGGAAAAAAUAUGAUUGAGAACUGUAUCUGUGCCAACCUCCCUGUGUCCAAACUCUCCUGUGAUAACAUUACCCUUAACAAAAUCUACCAUUUAAUUGUGGCCUGGACGCUCCUGGGUUCCGAUCUUGUUCUCAUCUUCCUCUCCUAUACUUUCAUCCUCCGAGCUGUUCUCAGACUCAAGGCGAAAGGGGCAGCAGCCAAAGCGCUGAGCACGUGCGGCUCUCACUUCAUUCUCAUCCUUUUUUUUAGUACCAUCCUGCUGGUUUUAAUUUUUACCCAUAUGGCCAAGCAAAAAGUUCCUCCUGAAAUCCCUGUCUUACUAAAUGUCCUACACCAUGUGAUUCCUGCAGCUUUCAAUCCCAUUGUCUAUGGGGUAAGAACCAAGGAGAUAAAACAAGGGAUUUGGAAAUUACUAAGGAGUGGUGGGUGA